CUAACACCUAACCGCAGAAAUAUGAAUGCCAAAUAUUAAAAUAUCAAUUAACGAUAAUGCAGUUAUAGGUAUCCUUGACCUUUCUCAAAGACAAAAGGAAAAUUAAGAUUAUUUCAAAAAUAUGUUGUAUUUAACUGAUUAUGUCUUAUUAUAGUACAAACUGCUUAUUCUACUGCAUUUAAUAAUGAAUACUUUUGCACCGCUCCGCACGGCUCUUAGAAAUUCUAAGAGAAAUCUUGGUAUAAUUUCAAAUAGUUAUAAUCAAUCAAAGGAUCAGGCUACUAAUCCAGCAAUAAAUGAGGCUGAGAAAAUAGUGGGAUAUCCUACAUCCUUUUUAAGUUUACGAUGGCUAUUAAAUGAUGAAGUAGCAAACAUUGCGCUUCACCUAAGGAAAUUAAUAGGGACAAAUCAUCCGUUAUUAAGUACUGCAAGAGAUCUUCUUAUAAAUAAACAGUCACCGAACUGGGGUCUUAUUGUUCUACUCAUAUCUAAAGCUGGAGGAGUAAAGAAAGAAGUCUCACAUGUUGACUGUGAUAUUACUGCAGGAAUUCUUCAUAGCCAACGAGUCCUUGCAGAAAUUACCGAAAUGAUUAGAACCAGUAAUAUAAUUCACAAAAGCAUACUUCAGAUGGACCUCAACGAUCCAGACUAUAAAGAUCUAAACUUCGGCAACAAACUGUCUUUAUUAACAGGAGAUUAUUUAUUGAGUACCAGCUUCGGAGAAUUGGCAGGUUUGAAAAACCAUGAUGUCAACGAAUUCAUAUCCACUUGCUUGCGCGAUUUAUCGGAAGCGCAGUUUAUUGAACCGAGGGAUAAACAAAACAAGCCUCUACCUGCCCCUCCCUUAAAAGAACAAAAAGAUGUAAAAAUUCCUAAUCAGUUUGAUAAUGAAAUUUUGCAAAUAUCUGAAGUUUUGGGGAAUGCUAAAGCUGAAUGGACAUUAAGACACCUGUUGGAUGGGGCGAGCUUGUUGGCAAAAUGUUGUCAGGGUACAUUAAUGCUUGCGGGACACUCUAAGUCCUUCCAAAAACAAGGAUACCUAUUUGGCCGAAACAUGGCCCUAGCUUGGCAGGCGUGUAGGGACCAAAAAAUUUUUGAGACUUCUAAAAAUGAAAGUUUCAGUCUGGUAUGUGCUCCGUUGUUAUUCCACAUACAAUUUGACCCGAGUUACUACGAGAAAAUCAUGGAGUGUACCAAAAAUGGUAAUGUAGAUUAUUCCGGCAUCAAGGAAGCAGUGCGAUCUGGUCCUGGGUUAGAGAAAACGGCUGAGUUGCAGGAAGAAUUAUCUUCGAAUGCUCAGGAGGCUUUAAUAGAGUUUCCCGACACUGAAGCCAGAAGUGCUUUGGCGAAUAUAAUUCAUUCUUUGCAGUGAUUCUCUCGAAGUACCAUGAAUUAGUGAGAUAUUAGGCUGUAUAUAACCGAAUAAGUACCUGUAUCUAGUUUACUGUAGAUCUCUCUCGUACUCAAAUAUAUAAUUUAAUGUAAAAAGUAAUUUAAAGGAAUAAUAAAUGAGAAUCUAGUCA